AUGGAGGCACCUGCCGAGGUAUUCAUCUUUGGUGACCAGACAGUGGCGUUUGAGCCGACAUUGCACUCGCUGCUGCAUAUCAAGGACAACGCGGUUCUAACCGACUUUUUCGAUCGCGUUGGGUUCCAACUGAGACGCCACGUGGGGAAGUUGCCUUCGCACCAGCAGGAAUGGUUCCCUUUCUUCACCACCCUGAUUGAUCUGUUCGCGCAGCAUGAGAACUGCGUGGCAGCGCCGGCAUUGAAGUUUCCGUUGCUUUGUGCGACCCAGCUGGGCCAGUUUAUCCGGCAUUUUGGACAAGGGGCAAGAGCGUAUCCUGCGCCGGAGAGUACGUAUCUGGUAGGUGCGUGCACUGGAGCCUUUGCCGCUGCGGCCAUUGCCAGUGCCCAGACCCUGGCCGAGCUUCUUCCUGCGGCGGUGGAAGCAGUCAUCGUUGCGUUCCGGACGGCGCUCCGGUCCAUGAUUCUGCGGAAUGAUUUGGAUCCUUCGGUGGAUGGGAGGCAGAGAGCAUGGUCGGCGAUUGUCGGGACAGUUGAGGAGGAGGCAAGGAGUGCUAUCGACAAGUUCAACGUAGCUCAGAGUCUGCCUCCAGUGGCUCGCCUGUAUAUCAGCUCCAUCAGUCGAACCAGUGUGUCUGUGAGUGGUCCACCGUUUCUGCUGAACGAGUUUGUUUCCUCCUCUCCAUGGAAGUGCUCGUUCCUACCUAUCGAGCUGCCUUAUCACGCGCCGCAUCUGUUCCGAAAGGAUGAUGCAGAGGCCAUCCUGGGUGACUUUCAUGACCCUUGCCUGCGGGAGUAUACUCAGCGGACGAGAGUCAUCUCCGCCACAUCAGCAGAGGUGAUUGCAUCAUCCGACCUCCGGAGUCUGUUCUGUCGCGCUGUUCAAGAGGCCCUAUGUGAUCCGCUGCAGUGGGAUCUCAUCAUCGCAUCCAUUUCACAGGAGCUACGGGAGUACCAAUACCCAGAAUGCAUCAUAUAUCAGGUCUCCUCGCGGAGUGGAUCACUGCUCAGCUCAGCCCUAACCCGAGAAUCACCGGUCAAGACAAACCUGGUUCACUCCAUCGGCGAUGGCUCGGUCCCCCCAUCACUAGCCACCCCAACCGGCAAGUUCUCGCAAUCCAGUAUCGCCAUCAUCGGAUUUUCUGGCCGCUUUCCCGAGUCCGGUUCCAACGAAGAAUUCUGGGAGAUGCUACUGGCCGGUCGGGACGUGCAUCGCACCAUUCCGGAAGAGCGAUUCGACUGGAAAGCACACUAUGAUCCCACGGGCAAGACCAAGAACACCAGUCGAGUCAAAUACGGGUGCUUCAUCAAGGAGCUGGGGGUCUUUGAUGCACGAUUCUUCAACAUGUCGCCCCGGGAGGCAGAGAAUGCGGAUCCGGCACAGCGACUGGCCAUCACCACGGCGUAUGAAGCAAUGGAAAUGGCGGGACUGGUCCCGAAUGCCACGCCCUCUACCCAGGGGGACCGCAUUGGGGUGUUUUACGGGGUGACGAGCGAUGACUGGCGUGAGGUAAAUAGUGGACAGAAUGUAGAUACCUAUUUCAUUCCAGGGGGCAACCGCGCAUUUAUUCCAGGCCGGAUCAGCUACUUCUUCCGGUUCUGCGGACCCAGCUUGAGCAUCGACACGGCGUGUUCGUCUAGCUGCGCAGCAAUUCAGACAGCGUGUGCUUAUCUAUGGCGCGGUGAAUGUGACACAGCCCUGGCCGGAGGAGUGAAUGUCUUGACCAACCCGGAUAACUUUUGUGGCUUGGACCGGGGGCACUUUUUGACAGCCAAAGGUAAUUGCAACGCCUUUGACGACGAGGCAGACGGUUACUGCCGUUCUGACGCUGUUGGCACGGUCAUUCUCAAACGUCUCGAAGAUGCCGUCGAAGACAACGAUCCGAUCUUUGGCGUUAUCCGUGGCGCGUAUACAAACCACUGCGGCCGGACCGACUCCAUCACACGGCCCUUUGAAGGAGAUCAGGCGACGGUUUUCAACCGGAUCAUGCGUUAUGCGGGCGUCAACCCCCUGGAUGUGGGCUAUGUCGAGAUGCACGGCACCGGCACGCAGGCGGGAGAUGCCACCGAGAUGAAGUCGGUCCUCUCAGUGUUUGCUCCCGAUCCCCGCAGGCACAAUGCGCUGUUCCUCGGGACGGCCAAAGCAAAUAUGGGUCAUGCAGAGUCCGCAUCAGGGGUGUCAUCAUUAAUCAAGGUGUUGUUGAUGAUGCGGAAUAACACCAUACCUCCACACUGUGGCAUUAAGACCCGGAUCAACCAUACCUAUCCCAAGGAUUUGGCCCAACGGAACGUGCAUAUUCCUUUUCAACCGACACCAUGGCACCGGGAGGAGAUGCCACAGAGUAAGCGGACGGUAUUUUUGAAUAACUUCAGUGCGGCCGGAGGCAAUACAGCCAUGUUGAUCGAAGAUGCCCCGGUCCGACAGAGCGGGCCAUUUCAGGACCCUCGCUCUCAGCACCUAGUGACAGUGACAGCGAAGACAAUCAAAGCCCUGCAGGGCAAUAUUGAGGCCCUGGUAGCGUAUCUGGAGGAGUACCCGACGGUGUCCCUGUCGUCCCUCGCCUAUACCACCACUGCCAGGCGCGUUCACCACGGUUAUCGGAUCAUCGUGUCAGGCUCUGAUACCGACUCCAUCCGUCGCCGUAUGCAGGAGAUACUACCAGGCCUGGAGAGCCACCGGCCAGUUCCACCCCCGGCGAAGCUUCCUAACAUCGUCAUGGUGUUCACCGGACAGGGGACUCUCUACACCGGGAUGGGUAAGCAACUGUUUGACUCGGUGCCCUCGUUCCGGGAGAACGUCAUGCGAUUUGAUGGGAUGGCGGUCCAGAUGGGCUUUCCAAGUUUCCUGCCUCUCAUCGACGGCAGCAUGGUCAACCUCGACGAGGCCCCUCCGAUGAUGACUCACUUGGCUUUGGUCUGUCUUCAAAUGGCACUCUCCAGCUACUGGAAGUCGCUCGGGGUGGUCCCUGCUGCCACCAUUGGCCACAGCCUGGGCGAAUACCCUGCACUGUACGCUGCUGGGGUUCUUACGGCAGCGAAUGUGAUAUACAUGGUGGGCACUCGGGCUCGACUACUCUUCCAGAAGACCACACCCCGAACGCAUGCCAUGUUGGCAGUCAAAUGCACCACCGACCUGAUACAUCCAGAGCUACGGGGCACGGCAUGCGCCAUGGCCUGUUUCAAUCAGCCGGCCAACAAUGUCGUCAGCGGGCCGGUGGACGAACUGCUCGCCUUGAAGGACCGGCUUACAGCCAAGGGCAUCGAAUGUGUCCGGCUCAAUAUCCCAUACGCGUUCCAUUCUGCCCAAGUAGACGCCAUUUUGAGUGACUUUCGAACGGUGGCAGGUAGUGUCCAGUACCGAGUCCCGACCAUCCCCUAUAUCUCGCCUCUGCUGGGAAAGGUAGUUUCGGCAGGCGAUGCCGAUCUGCUCAAUGCCUCGUAUCUGACUAAUGCAUGUCGCGAGCCGGUCAACUUCCAAGGCGCUCUUGGAACAGCCCAAACCGAUGGUCUCGUCAACGACAAGACGCUGUGGGUAGAGGUUGGCACCCACCCAGCCUGCUCAGGCAUGGUCAAAGGCAACCUUGGGUCGCAGAGCGUCUCCGUUGCUUCCCUGAGGAAGGGCUCUGAUCCAUGGGGUGUCGUGAGCGCAAGUCUGGAAGUGCUCUACACCCACGGGAUUGACAUCCAAUGGACCGAGUAUCAUCGGGGAGUGGAGGGUCCCCGUGAAGUCCUCAGGUUGCCGCGGUAUGUCUGGGAUCUCAAGAACUACUGGAUACCUUAUCGGAACAACUUCUGCCUACUGAAGGGUGAAGGUCUGGUUUCAGCCGGCCAACAGGGAUCUGCGUCGAGUCCAGGAACUGCGCGUAUUGCUCAAUAUUUGUCUCCAUCAGUGCAGAGGAUUAUCCAACAGGAAGACGGCCCUGAAACAUCAACACUCGUGGCCGAGACGGAUAUUCACGAUCGACGACUGGCACCGAUUCUGGAGGGACACGUCGUCAACGGAGCCAUGUUGUCGCCAUCAUCUCUCUACGCCGACAUAGCCCUCACAAUUGCCAAGCACAUGAUGCAGGCUAUUGGUAAAGAUAGCGAAACGGCGGGCUUGGACGUUGCCGACAUGCAGGUGCAAAACCCAUUGGUGUCUCGACCAGAUGCUGACUCUCAGCUGUUUCGCGUCUCGGCCUCUGCCAACUGGGAGAGCCAUGUUAUCUCCUUCCGGCUGUACAGUGUUAACCGUGACGGGAAAAAGACGUCUGACCAUGCUGCCUUCGUGGUCCGUAUCACGAAGAGCGUUGACACCUGGCUGGCGGAAUGGAAGCGUCAUGCCCAUCUGGUCCAGAGUCGGAUCGCUGCCCUGCAUGCCAGCGCGGAGGAGGGUGACGCGCACAAGCUGAAGCGACGUCUGGCGUACCAGCUUUUCUCGGCACUCGUGCAGUACGGACCAAACUAUCAGGGAAUGCAGGAGGUCGUCCUGGACAGUGACCAGCAUGAAGCCACCGCUAGGGUCUCUUUCCAGAUCGACGAGGACGGAUUCGUGUUCAAUCCAUGCUGGGUGGACAGUCUCGGACAUAUUGCCGGGUUCAUUAUGAAUGCCAGCGAUGCUACGCCGUCCAAGGAGCAGGUGUUUAUCAACCAUGGCUGGGAGCGCAUGCGGUGUGCCACCCGAUUUUCCAAAGACAAACAAUAUCAGGUAUAUAAUCGGAUGCAGCUGGAAACGGGGACGACCUACGUUGGAGAUACGUACAUCUUCGAGGGGGACACGGUGGUAGCUGUGUACCAAGGGAUCCGAUUCCAAGGAGUACCCCGACGGCUUCUUGAUCGGCUGUUGCCCGCAAAGAGCCCUUCAGGCACGCCGGGGAGAGAAGCCGUGCAGCCGACCAAGCCCCAUACAGCUCCUCAACCUAUCCGCUCGAAGGAAAACCCCAAGCCCCUACCAUCGAUGCCGGCAGAUAAACCGUCCAAAGCACCCAUCCCCUCGAGCGGAGGCCUGGCUGGUCGCGUCCUGGCCAUCAUCGCCAAGGAGGCAGGGAUCGACCCAUCGGAUUUGGGACCAAAUGAAGAAUUCGCCAACUAUGGCAUUGAUUCUCUGCUAUCAUUGACCAUCUGUGGCCGGAUUCAAGAGGAGCUGGGGGCUGACGUUCCAUCUUCUAUAUUUGUGGACUACCCUACGCCCAAAGAUCUUCUUGGCUUCUUCGGUGACGUCGAGAGUGACUCCUCCCAGCCCAGCUCAUCCGAGCGCAGCACCGAGGAUGAUAUAUCCAGCUACGAGACGGUCGCCACAUCGGAGCAUGACCCGGAGACCGCUGUGCUGGAGAUCCUGCGCGCCACCAUUGCCAAUGAAACGGGUGUGCCACUCAACGAAGUGACGCCUACCACCGCAUUCGCAGACAUCGGAGUAGAUUCACUCCUCGCUUUGACCAUUGUGGGGACCCUAGCAGAGACGCUCGAAAUUAAUCUGCCAUCCAACAUCCUGAUGGAAAACCAGAACCUGGAAGAGGUUAGCAAAGCCCUCGGUCUCGAAAGCAGCCCUAAGCCGGCGGCGCGUAGUACACCCUCAAGGCCCGCGUUUGAUCCACACACGGGACCGCAAGCCACUUCCAUCCUGCUCUGGGGGAAGCCCAAAACUGCAAAGAAGAUUCUCUUUCUCUUCCCGGACGGUUCAGGUUCUGCUACAUCCUACGCCGCCUUGCCAAAACUCGGCCAGGAUACCGCUGCCUACGGGCUCAACUGUCCGUGGAUGAAGACGCCAGAACAGAUGACUGUUUCGCUCGAAGAGCUAACGGCCAAAUAUCUCGUGGAAGUCCGUCGUCGCCAGCCAAAUGGACCAUACUACUUUGGUGGCUGGUCCGCUGGUGGCAUCUGCGCCUACGAAGCGGCACGCCAACUCGCGCAGGACGGCCAGACUACCGCCAAGCUCAUUCUCAUCGACUCGCCCAACCCAAUCGGCAUGGAGAAUCCCCCGAAGCGAAUAUACGACUUUUUCCAGGGCAUCGGACUGUUUGGAACGACCGGCAAGGAACCACCUAGUUGGUUGAUUCCCCAUUUCAAUGCGUUCAUCCGGUUGCUGGACGCCUAUCGCAUCCAUCCUAUUGAUGCAUCAAUUCAAACACAUAUUGUCUAUGCACGCGACGGCAUCUGCAAGGAUCCAAACCUGCCUCGGCCCGAGAGACGCCCGGAUGACCCACGCGAGAUGAUUUGGUUGUUGGAGAAUCGGACGGACUUUAGUGGAGAUGGCUGGGCAUCGUUACUGGGACGGGAUAACCUGCAGAUUGAGAUUCUGAGCGAGGUGAAUCAUUUCUCCAUGAUGGAUCCAGGCAAGCAUAUGGAUGCGUUUGGGGAAUUCUUGCGUCGUGCGUUGCUGUAG